GGUAUGUUUAUUCUUUGCUGUACUACAUAAUGACUCUGUACUCUCUGGGAUCAGCUGUCCAGUUGACAGUUAUAAAGCCAUUGUGUUACCAGUUACUGAAGUUCUGUAACCAGAAAUAUUGUGGGAAUUAUGUCAUUAAUUUUCAGUGUGUUAAAGCAUAUAUCAAAUAUUACUCUACCACAGCUAGACCCAUUUUCUGGAAUGUGAAUUCAGAAAUUGAUAAAACUGUUACAAAGAUUUCCUACCCGAAGAGAAGGGUUAAUACAAGGGAGGACCAGAAGAAAGUUACCCUGAAAGCAGGAGAUAGAGUUAGUGAGAUAAGAUGUGUGUCACAAGAUGAUGUGGAUAACUUUUCAAAACUGACUGGUGAUCACAAUCCAGUACACAAAAUGCAGACUGAAAUGUCGAGUAGUCCAGCCAUCGUUCAUGGUGCGUUACUUAACGGGCUUGUUUCUGGCGUGAUUGGAACCAAGUUGCCUGGUCCAGGUACCAUGGUUGUUUCACAGACGCUACAGUUCCCAAAUCCAUGUUAUGCAGGUGAGCAAGUGACAUUAACUGUUGAGAUUAGUUCAGUAAGAAGAAUAAUUACUUGCAGAUUUGAGUGCACUGUUAAUAGGCAGAAGAAAGUGACUGUUGUUCUGCAUGGAGAGGCAAAAUUGAUUCCAAUGAAAAAUUUCUCAGAUCAGACAUAGUUAUAAUAUACUGACUGGAUACAUUUUCAGUCCAGGUACUUGUGGGUUAUCGGGACACAUCACUUUAAAAAUAGGUUAGGUUAGGUUAGGUCAGUUGUCAUUUAUUGAAAUAAAAUGUAAUAACUUUCAA